AGAGGUCGUACCGGACUCGAGUUCUACUUCUACCGGCUAUCGAUCGCUCCGCGUGAUGAGUGGCGGCGCAUAAAACACCCCCGACCUGCGGGUGAUCUUUUAGUCCAAUCCAAACUAAUACAAAUCGAUCUGCGAGGGCGGUGGCGCGGGAUCGAGACGGAGACGGAGACGACGGAGGCGGCGGCGAGGAGCACCAAUAGCCUGCAGAGGCGGCGGCAGGAAAACAAUCGCGCGAACAACGAGGCCAAGAAGCCGCGCAGCGGGGGUGACUACGCGGAGCCGAACCCCGACGAGUACCGCCAGAAAUUCAUGUUCUUCUGGAAGCACAUGUGCGAUUACGAGGAUGUCACUCGGGGGCCUAUGAGCCACACCGACGGCGACGGAACCCGCCCCGCAACGAUGAACCCUUGCCUGGAGAUCUACUCGUGGGAGGUGACGGAGCUCAGGGGGGGAUUGGAGUGGCCCCUCUAUGUUUUCGGCUUCGCUGCUGUCCGUGACUCGCUGGAUAAAAAGCGAAACUUCAUCUUCAACCGCAGCAGGGACGAUCCUCAGAGACUCACUGCCACGGAUUCUUCUCUAGAGCUGACAGGCCCUGUUCGUGCAGUUCAGUUGUGUACGGCCACUGAAAUCGAGUUCCAACUCAGAGUCAAGGGUGAAACACCAUCGGAGGACAGAAUUCUAAGCACUGAUUUCUGGGCAUACGAUCCAGUUCGUGGCUGCCAUACAAAAGGGGUAUCUAGGAAAAAAGAAAUCGCCACCAAAUUCUCCACCAUGAUGCUGACAUUUUCCCACCUUGCAAAGGCUUUAGAAGCAACUAUACAAGAUGGCUGAAUCAUCCUCAGGCGACUUCCGUGGGCGAUUCACCGCCCAAAUGGUUGGUAUUAACGAUGAAGUGGUGCUUGCUGAUUCCAAGGACCGGGUGGUGCCUGUGAACGCUGAUGGCGUGGUUCAGCUCUCCCGACGUGUGGUUGUGGUGGAUGGAGAUGGAGGAGUGCUGCGGAUCAGGGUUCAGGCUUGUCAAGAUCCGUUGGAAGGCUGUGACAAUAAUGGGAUUAACGUUGCUUGUGUGGAAGAUAGCAUCGAGUUCACCGCGAAAAGUGCUAAAAACUCAACUGGUACACUUGAUGUUGGUUUUGCGAAGAUGUCGGUUACAGUAUUUUGGUCACUUCUUCCAUUUGUGUAGUAGCACUUCAGUCCGCCAAUAAGGCAGUAGUGUUCAAGUCUAUGUAGUGCUACAUCAUCGGUUGGAGCAUGUUAAUUAUAAUGGUGCUUUUCCCGUGCGAGCAUCCACAAUGUGUGUAGCAUAGAAGAGGGUCUUAGGUGCACACUGCUAAGCAGAGGCCUUAGGUUGUAAAGAUAAAAACAAGUACUUGUGAACAACAUAUGCGUAGAGGCGACCAUUGUUGAGGAGUACUAAAUCCAAACCAUUGUUGUGUUUUACAUCGA